GGCUCAGAUUCCAUUUUAAGAAAGUGGACAUGGCGAGCGGAAGGCCCCAUGGUCUCGGGAAGUUUCGGCGCUGGCUGCUGGUGAUCGCUCUUGGCGGCGUGGCCUUCCUCAGGCCCCGGCGCUGGGUCCUCAGCGGCGCCCUGCUGGGUCCUCAGCUCGCGCGCGCGGCCGCGGCACCCAAAGACCAGGUGGCCGCGGCCAUGCGGAAGCUGGACGAGCUGGCGGACCCCGACAACUUCAAGAAGAUUGCGGUUGGGGGAGGCGACAACAUCAGGCGAGAGGUUGGCACGGUGGGCAUGAGCUCGCCGCUCUUCGACGUGGACAAAGCAUUCAAGGCCUUGGCCGAAGAGGCCGGCGACCCAGAGGCCUAUGUGGAGACCUUGGAGCGUUUCAGCAAGGCGCUUCAAAACGCAGAUUCUGACGCCUAUUCCAGCAUCUUCUCGAUGAAUUCCGCCGCAGCCACAAAUCCGCAGGUGUACAUCGACAACUCUUACAAGGAGGUGCUGGACGCCCAGCGGAGCGCCCGGGAGCUUCUGGCCAUGCUGAAGAUGAGCUGAGCGAAUGAGCGACGAUGUCGAUCCGGCGAACCGCUGAUGUGCAGCGGUUUGGGUGGAACGGAGAGGUUGAAAUGCAAGCGCCACGCUUCAGGGAAUUCUUGCCAUUUGCAGAUGCGGCCAGCCCAUGGCCGCUGGCCUUAAUUAUUUUCUGCCAACCUAGAGAUUGGCACUGCAUUCAGGAACCCCAAACGGAAUUUAAUGCUUUGGCCUCUGCUUGUAGCAAAUGCAGAGCUAAACUUAGAUACUAGUACAGAUCGAGGAGCAUGUUGCCCGCCUGUCGCGCCAACUCAUUUGCAGUUGGGCCUGGACGCAAGUGUGGCAUGGUGAGCA